AUGACAGAGCUGUCAGCAUUCUGAGAGAUACAGACUGGUGAGAACAUAUGCCAGCGCUGGCUGAUAAGGCUCUCUUCAACACCACUUCUGCUUAGAUUUUCUAAUCAGUGGAGAGGCUGUGAGCGUUGUGUGUGAGGAUUCAAGACAAGAACACCAAGUUGAUACCUGAACAGACUGUUCUCCACUGAGCUGCUACUUCAUCAGAAGCUGCAGAGCCAGGGUGUCAUCAUGUGGAUGAAAGGCUUUCUUUUAGGCUGCAUGACUGUGGCCUUGUUCCUCCAGCUGUCCACAGCUGGCGUGGUGAAGGUCAUCCGCCACCGCAGAGAGGCCCUGAUGCCUAAGAAAACCCAGGAGAACCUCACCCUGCCACACCCUGACCAGCCAGUAGUGUUCAACCACGUCUACAACAUCAACGUCCCCUCCACGUCCCUCUGCUCUGUGGACCUUGACUCAUCCGGAGGCACAGAUCUCAAACACAAGAGCGUCCCAAUGGACAUGCAGAACACCGAGCACAUGGAGCACACGGUGGACGGUGACAAUCAGAUUGUUUUCACCCACCGCAUCAAUAUUCCCAAACAGGCAUGUGGCUGCGACAACCAGCUGCCAGACAUCAAGGAUAUCCUGAACAGGCUGGAGAUGCUGGAGUCCGAGCUGUCGAGUCUGAGGGAGCAGUGCAGCAGUGGAACAGGCUGCUGUGGAGCUCAAGUUACAGGUGAAGUGUCCACAAAGCCCUACUGUAAUGGCCGCGGGAACUGGAGCACUGACACCUGCAGCUGUGCAUGUGAGCCUGGAUGGAAGGGCUCCAACUGCUCCGAACCUGAGUGCCCCAAUGACUGCCAGGACCAGGGCCGCUGUGUGGACGGCAAAUGUGAAUGCUUUGACGGCUUUGGUGGGGAUGACUGCGGUAUUGAGCUCUGCCUGCUGGACUGCGGUGACUACGGCCACUGUGUUGAGGGGUCGUGCCUCUGUGAGGAGGGCUUCAUCGGUGAGGACUGCUCCCAGACAAACUGCCUCAACAACUGUCUGGGCCGAGGACGCUGCGUAGAGGACGAGUGUGUUUGCGACGAGCCUUGGACGGGCUUCGACUGCUCCGAACUCAUCUGUCCAAACGACUGCUACGACCGCGGACGCUGUAUCAACGGCACCUGCUUCUGUGAAGAGGGCUACACUGGGGAAGACUGCGGCGAACUCACCUGUCCUGGCAACUGUAACAGCCGUGGCACAUGUGUAAAUGGCCAGUGUGAGUGCCAGACUGGCUACAGUGGAGACGACUGCUCGAAGCUCACGUGUCCCAAAAAUUGCAACGAAAGAGGCCAUUGCUUUAAUGGGAAGUGCAUCUGUGAUCCGGGAUUUGAGGGUGAAGAUUGCUCCGUCCUUUCGUGCCCUGACAACUGCAGCAACAGGGGCCAGUGCAUUAAUGGAGAAUGUGUAUGUGAUGUAGGAUACCAAGGAGAAGACUGCAGUGAGCUGUCCUGCCCCAACAAUUGUCAAGGCCAGGGCCGCUGCAUUGAUGGACAGUGCAUGUGCGACAAGGGCUACACUGGGGAGGACUGUAGCGUCAAGACCUGUCCAAAAGACUGCAUGGGACGUGGAGAAUGCAUGGACGGCAAGUGUUUGUGUUUUGCUGGCUUCACAGGUAAAGACUGCGGUGAGCUGACCUGCCCCAAUGACUGCCUGGACCGUGGCCACUGCGUGAACGGACAGUGUGUCUGUCAUAAGGGUUUCACUGGUGAGGACUGCAGCGAGAAGACGUGUCCCAAGAACUGUCUUGACAGAGGUUACUGUGUCGAUGGUAACUGUGUGUGUUACGAGGGUUUCACUGGACUGGACUGCUCCAUACUGGCCUGCCCAGGAGACUGUCAGAACCAGGGACGCUGUGAGAAUGGGGUUUGUGUCUGUGACGAGGGCUUCAUUGGAGAGGACUGCUCUGAGGUUUCACCACCCAAAGACCUAAAAGUGGUGGAGGUCACCCCAGAGACAGUGGACCUGUCCUGGGAGAAUGAGAUGCGUGUGACCGAGUACCUGAUCACCUACAUGCCCACAGCAGCAGGAGGUCUGGAGCUAGACAUGAGGGUACCUGGGGACCAGAAGAUAGCCACUAUUCGGGAGCUUGAACCUGGCAUUGAGUACCUGAUCAGUGUCUACGCUGUUCUCAGCAACAAGAGGAGUGUUCCUGUCAGCGCUAGGGUGGCAACACAUCUGCCUGAGCCUGAAGGACUCAAGUUCAAGUCAGUGCGAGAGACAUCAGUGGAGGUACAGUGGGACCCACUGGACAUUCCCUUCGAUGGCUGGAACCUCAUCUUCAGAAACACAAAAGAGGAGGAUGGUGAGAUUCUUAACUCCCUUGGCCGUCCAGAGACCACCUUUGAGCAGUCGGGCCUGGGCCCUGGCCAGGAGUACGAGGUCAAGCUGGAGGUGGUGAAGAACAACAAGCGCGGACCGCCUGCCUCCAAGAACGUCAUCACAAUGAUUGAUGCCCCCAGCCAAGUAGACGUGCGUGAUGUGACUGACACCACAGCGCUGGUGACCUGGUUCCAGCCCGUGGCGGAGGUGGAAGGCGUCACUGUCUCCUACGGGCCCAGCACGAACCCUGCUGACCGCAACAUCGUGGAGCUGUCCUCCACUGACACCCAGUACCACCUGGGAGGCCUCACCCCUGACACCCAGUAUGAGGUGUCUCUGACAGCUCGGAUGGGAGAAAGGACCAGUAUUCCUGUGUAUGAGUCUUUCCUUACAGACCUGGACGCCCCCAGAGACCUGCAGACGGUGGAACUGACAGACGAAAGCAUCACCCUUGAGUGGAAGAACAGUCAAGCUCAGGUGGACAACUAUCGCAUCAAGUAUGGACCACUGUCUGGAGGCGAGCACGGAGAACUGCUCUUCCCCCCAGGACCCAAGGACACCACCCUGGCCAAGAUCACCGGACUGAGACCUGGCACAGAGUAUGGGAUGGGUGUCACAGCAGUGAAGGACGAGCGGGAGAGUUUGCCGACGACCACCAACGCAGUGACUGCCCUGGAUGCUCCCAAGAACCUGGCUGUUGCAGAGGUGACAGAGACCACCAUUAUGCUGGAGUGGAAGCGCCCCCUGGCAAAACUGGACUCCUACAGACUGGUCUAUGUUUCCGCUGACGGUCACAGGGCUGAGGAUGUGGUCCCAGGCAAUUCUGAGUCUUUCACCCUGAGGAGCCUGACACCCGGCAUGCUGUACACCAUCAGCAUCACUGCUGAGAGGGGCCGCAGGGCCAGUGCACCGGCUACCAUCUCAGCUCCCACAGAGGAGGAGAAGCCUGUGGUAACUAACGUCACUGUCAGCGACGUGUCAUGGGACAGCUUCCUCCUGUCCUGGUCUGCUGAGGACGGGGCGUUUGAGGCCUUUCUGGUCGAGGUUACUGAUGCAGAAACAGGCGCUGAGUGGCAAAACCACACGGUGCUUGCAGAUGCUCGCAGCCUUGCCAUCUCUGGCCUCUCCCCCACCACCUGGUACAGGGCCAAUCUGUACGGGGUGUACAAGGGAGCCCUCUUAGAUCCUGUCUUUGCAGACACCAUCACAGAGGCCGAACCGGAGGUGCAGGCUCUCCUGGUCUCCGAUGUUACCCCCGAUAGCUUUAAGCUGGCCUGGGAGGCUGAAGAAGACGUCUUCGACACCUUUGUCAUAAUGGUCAGCCAGGCUGAGGGCUCAGGCCAACCAAAAGAGCUGGUGCUGGGCGGCGAAGAGCGAAGCGCGGCAAUGACUGACCUCACUGAGGACACAGAGUACAAAAUCGAAAUCUUUGGGCUCAUUCUGGGAAGACGCUCCAAGUCUGUAAUCGAGGGGGUGAGAACAGAUCUGGGCGCACCAAAGGGCAUCCGCUUCUCUGAUGUCACCGACACUUCUGCCACCGUUCACUGGGCAGUUCCAAGAGCUCGGGUGGACAGCCACAGGGUCACUUAUGUGCCUGCUCAUGGAGGUACUGCAAAGACACUGAUCGUGGAUGACUCUCAGUCUCAGACUGUGCUGUCCAACCUGACACCCGGGGUCACCUAUGAGGUCACUGUUGUCGCCGUCAAGGGCCAAAGGGAGAGCGAGCCUGGGUCAGACAGUGUCACCACAGCUCUGGAUAAGCCUCGUGGUCUGACUGCAAUCAACAUCACAGACUCUGAAGCUCUGCUGCUCUGGCAGCCCGCCAUUGCCACUGUAGACGGCUACGUCAUCACUUACAGCGCAGACUUAGUGGCUCCAGUGAUGGAGCGUGUGUCGGGAAACGUGGUGGAGUUUGAGAUGAGCUCUCUGACUCCGGCGACACACUACACUGUGAAGGUGUAUGCUGUCAGGGACUUGGCCAAGAGCGCAGCCACUACGACUGAGUUUACCACCGAUGUGGAUGCUCCUCAGGAUCUGGCCGCCAGUAACAUCCAGACCGAGACCUGCAUGCUGACCUGGAAGCCGCCUCGCGCUGAUAUCACCGGAUACAUUCUCAGCUUCGAGUCUGCCGAUGGCACCAUCCGGGUGAGUGGACGCCAGGAACUGGAGGUGGUCCUGAGUCCCACUGCUGUAUCGUACAACAUGGCUCAGCUCAGCGCCUCCACAGAGUAUUCAGUCAAGCUGCAGGCCAUUGCUGGUCCCAAGAGGAGCAGAGUCAUCACUACUGUCUUCACCACCACUGGUGUGCUGUACAGACACCCCAGAGACUGCUCCCAGGCCCUCCUGAAUGGUGAUACCUCGUCAGGCCUGUACACCAUCUAUCUGGGAGGAGAUGAGAACCAGCCCCUCCAGGUCUACUGCGACAUGAGCACUGAUGGAGGCGGAUGGAUCGUUUUCCUCAGACGACAGAGUGGCAAACUGGAGUUUUUCCGCAACUGGAAGAAUUACACAGCUGGCUUCGGAGACAUGAAUGAUGAAUUCUGGCUGGGUCUGUCCAACCUACAUAAGAUCACAACUGGAGGCCAGUACGAGUUGCGAGUUGACCUGAGUGAUAAGGGAGAAACAGCCUACGCUCAGUAUGACAAGUUCUCCGUCUCUGAACCUCGAACCCGCUACAAAGUCCACGUAGGAGGAUACAGUGGAACAGCAGGUGACUCUAUGACCUACCACCAUGGUCGCCCAUUCUCCACUUACGACCAUGACAACGACAUUGCCGUCACCAACUGUGCUCUGUCCUAUAAGGGAGCCUUCUGGUAUAAAAACUGUCACCGUGUCAACCUCAUGGGACGAUAUGGAGAUAACAGUCACAGCAAGGGUGUAAACUGGUUCCACUGGAAAGGCCACGAGCACUCGAUCGAGUUUGCCGAGAUGAAGAUCAGGCCUUCCAACUUCAGAAACCUGGAGGGAAGGAGGAAACGAUCAUAAAUGAUCCGGAAACCUCCACAACCACUAACAACAACACUGCUACUACUCUGUCUGGUAUCCCCAUAAACCACCUCAGCUCCCACACCCACCCACCCACCCAGCAGCGACCAAAGCCACUGCCAAGAGCCCUGCUGCCUCCACACAAAAACCUUCCUCCCUCCCAUUUGUUCAGAGAUCAGCCUUCCCCUGUGAUACAGUUGUGGAAAUGCUGCCAGUGCUGAAAUCAAUGUGCAUGUUACAAACUGGAAUUAAAAUCAAGCCCACGCAGAUUCUACUCACGCACCAAAGAGAGCAACAACAACUCCAUCUCACCUGAUUCUGAUCCAUUCUCUUGUGUUGCAGCAUUUGUGGGGAGGCGUGAGAGCAGCUUGGGCAUUAUGUUGUGUACAGUAAUUAAUACAGUUCCCUAUCUCACAUCCAAGCCACGUUUGGGGUAUUACAGAAAGGACAAGCUGUUUAUAGUACAAUGUGGUCUUGUUUAGGUUCAGGGUUUCUUUGCUAAAACUGAUAAUCCAGAGGGAUUAUCAAUCUAUUCCUUGUACAGUAUUGUACAUGUAUGCAUCUGAUUUAAACAUUUGAAAAGGGAAAUUCCUCAGAUGGCACCGCUCAGACGUUAGAUAUCUCCAUCUAACUUGCCAUUUGUUUGUCUUUGUGCAACUUCACUUGUGUCAGUGUCACUUUAUCCUCCCCAGGUUCCCUUCAUCUCCCUCAGCACAAGCCAACAUCUGAAGUGAUAGAGAUGGAAAUGUAAAGAGAAAAAAAAAACAGUUCUAUGGAAAAGUCCCAUGUCCACCUGGAUAGCAGUGUUUCCAUUCAUUGUGUGAGCCCCUGAAGGCG